GCCGACGCCGCCGUAGACGCUGGGGACGCUAGCUCGUUCCCUCCUUUUGACGCUAUCAAAUGAUGCUGUUUGGAAAAAUUUCCCAGCAGUUCUGUGGCUUAAAGAAACUCCCAAGGUCACGUGACUCCCGAUACUUCUGGGGCUGGUUGAAUGCAGUGUUUAAUAAAGUGGAUCAUGAACGCAUCCGGGAUGUUGGCCCUGACAGGGCAGCGUCCGAGUGGCUGCUGCGCUGUGGGGCUGUGGUGCGCUACCACGGCCAGGAGAGGUGGCAGAAGGACUACAACCACCUCCCAACAGGCCCUCUGGACAAAUACAAGAUUCAGGCAAUUGAUGCCACUGAUUCUUGUAUCAUGAGCAUUGGAUUUGAUCACAUGGAAGGCCUACAGCAUGUUGAAAAAAUAAGGCUAUGCAAGUGUCACUAUAUUGAGGAUGACUGUUUGGAGAGACUUAGUCAACUUGAAAAUUUACAAAAAAGCAUGUUGGAAAUGGAAAUAAUUUCAUGUGGGAAUGUCACAGACAAAGGUAUCAUUGCUUUGCAUCAUUUAAGAAACCUCAAGUAUUUGUUUUUAAGUGAUCUUCCUGGCAUAAAAGAAAAAGAAAAAAUUGUCCAAGCCUUUAAAACAUCACUGCCUUCUCUGGAACUAAAAUUAGACUUGAAGUAAAAUAGUAAUAUUCAGUAAGUGUCUUAUUUCAAUAUAAAGUAUCACGUGCAAUUGUUGAUCCUAAACAGCAACAAAUAUUACAUAAACAUCAACAGAACUACAAGAAUCUUAUACCACAACAUUCUAGCAGAGUCCAUCAUGUAGAAAAUAAACAUUCAGAUGUGAUUCACCAAAGUUACUAAGUUAGAAGUGAGAAUUUAGGUACGUUAAAUCAUUUUAAGAAAAAUGCAAACCAGGUACCAUUUUAAUUCUUAUAUAUUCCUUAUUUUAUAUCAAUCCUAUAUAAAUAUCUCUUGAUGUAGAUACUGAAGAGUUCUUUAAAAUGAUUUAAAUGUACAACACAGAUAUUCUUUAUUUUUAACAGUAAUUUGUUACUUUAAAGUUUUUGAAGCAUGUUACUAUAAAUAUACAAUUAUGAAAAACUGAAAGCUAAAUUUCAGAUUCACUGAUGGAGUCAGUUAUGCAAAGUAGUCAGAGGUUGCUGGGGCAUUCAUAUUGCUUCCCAGGAUUCGCAUGCAUUUGUCAUGAUCCUGCAUUCCUGUGCUCUUUAUACCAUACAACCUUUCUCUGAAUGAACAGUUUCUGGCUAAUUUGUCUAUUUUGUAGGCUUAGUCUAGUGUCUUAUUAAAACUAGACAUAAAUACCUGGCUGGAUUUAAAUAGCUUUGCUGAUUGCAAUAGAACAGAGGAAACAAUGAUGAAGGCCAGCAGAGCUAUACUUACUUUCUGCUUAAAUUAAAAAACUGCUUCAAACAGAAAAAUUUAACAUGUCAGUUAGAAACUAAUUUGUAUUCCCUCAGAUAUGUUGGAUAGUACUUCCCAUGAGCUCAAGGGACAUCAUAAGAAGUAUAAGCACAAAAUUCACUGUACAUCUAGAAAGCAGUGAUAAAGAAUAUCAUAAAUAGGUAUAAACAGAUCUUUAUUUUUGCCUGCUUCAAAUGGUCCUGAUUCUAUUAUUGUUAGUUAUAUGCCAACUUGUUUGUGGAUUUCGGUAUGUUUGGUUUGAAUAUUAAUCUGUUGAAUAUAACCUUGACUGGAGAUAAUUUUAAAAUAAACACUUUCUGUGAUGCA